AUGGUCUCUCCACCAGACCGACAACCGCCCUCUUCUUCUUCCGGCCGGGGCAUCAACCUCCCCAACAUUGCCUCGCUCGACCUCGGCGGGGCGGAAGAGGGUUUCCCACCUCGAGGGGACGUGGCGGGGCAGAGAGGGUCGGAGACCCAACUCACAAGCUCUGCUACACGUUCGGUCGUGCUACGACCGCGGGCGGCGUCUGCCCACCCGCCUAGUACGCCGGCCUCGGGUGUGGUCCCUCGGGGCCAGGAUCCAUGGGGACCUGGCUCUGCUCCCUUUGCUUGGGACGGAACCCUCCCUGGGGGGCAACCCAUGGUGGUCUUUCCUGGGGUGGUUUACCGACGCCCCAAAACAACUUUGGGAUGCGAGAUGCUGGAUCAAUCUCGCAGACCCAUGGUGGUCCUGCCUGGGGUGGUCUGCCGACCCCCCAAAACAUUCCGGGCCCGUCUCGAGGCGGACCGACUCCUCGACAACCGUCCGGUCCUUCUCCGAGCCCGCCGGGACCGCGUCGACGCCCGGCCGGUCCGUCUCGAGGCUCUUCGGUCCCUCGACACCUGGCUCCCGGCCCCCCCCGACCGGGUCCUGCGGGCGAGGAACGAGAGGUCGGCGAGGUCGGCACGGAACAACAAACCCCCGCCCCCCGGACCCGCCGAGAGGAUGUGGCGGGCGGCGCAUUCGGGCGAGUGGAUGCGGAUGGACGAGGAGCGGGAGAGGCGGGAGAGGGAGGCGAGGAUAGCGCUGAUCAUUCGCUGCGCCGAGGAGCAGGGGUCGGCGAGGAGGAGGACGACGACGACGAGAAGCCAGCCGUCGUCGUCGUCGACCACCGCCUCCGUCGACGCCGCCGCCUCCUCCUCCUCUGCCUCUGCUGCUGCCGCCUCUGCCUCUGCCUCUGGCUCCUCUGUCACCUCUCCCCCUCACCUUGCCUCUUUUGAGGCUUACGAGGAAUUGUUGGCGAGCGGGAUCGUGGCAGAUGACGACGAGCAGGAGGAUGAGGGUCUCCCCGAGGAAUGGCGAAUGGCCCGUUUGAUCCCUGACAGAGCUCCGUCACCCGAUCGUCAACGGGUGCGGGUUUACAGACCUAUCAUGGUCCGGCGUGAACCUGGUCCACGACGUGGUGGUAGUGGUGGUUACCAACCAUCCAGCUCGUCUCCCUCGGCCCCUGAGGAGUAGUUGGUCUUUUUGUUUCGGUUCUCCUUGCUGCAGUACACGAUCAGCAGCAUCAUCAUCUUCGGUCUUUGUUUUUUGGUUCGUUGGCCCCUCGCCGGCGGGGGGGUUUACAUGUCGUCGUCACCCAGACAGCCGGUGGUGAUUACGACUACGACGUUACGAAUCCAAACCAAAACUUUGUCUGUCUGGUCCAGGUGGUGAUGAUGACGAUGAGGGAGGUGGGGGGAUCGCAAGGGGUUGUCGUGGCCUCUUUGUGAACUACACCACACUCCUUUCAUCACCACCAGUACACGAAGUGACCAGGGGGAUUGAGAGUUGUUUGGUUUGUACACUUGUAUGAUUAUGGAUAACGUCUAAUGAAUUUUGUACAUGGUAGAUAGUUGUACUUUUAGUUUUGUGCUGUGAUGUCAAAUAGCUGAAUGUGCCGA